AUGGGGUCUGAGCCAGCGAGUGGAGCGGGGACCCGCAGGAGACGGGAGAGACCUCCAGAAGAGGGGCUGCCCACUGUAUACAGCAGACAGUGGGCGAUGGCCAGGCGAGCGCUAAUGACAGUCCUGCUUUUCAGUCUAAUCCUUGGUGGUUCUCUGCUGCUUUGGGGCUACGUUUUCCAGGGCUGUGGUCCUGCCCACUGUGAGACGCCUGUGUGUCGGGACCUCCUGAGUCUUUACCUGGCCUCUGGAAACACCAGUGUGGCCCCCUGCACUGAUUUCUUUAGCUUUGCCUGUGGAAACACCAACAGGACCACUAGUUCUUUUCAGGCUCUUGCAAAGGAGAACAAGCGCCGACUUCAGAGAAUACUGGAAGCCCCAGGUUCCUGGCGUCUGGCCUCUGGGGAGGAGAAAGCCUUCCAAUUCUACAACUCCUGCAUGGACACAGGUGCCAUUGAGGCUGCAGGGGCUGGUCCCCUCAGACAAGUUAUUGAGGAGCUUGGAGGCUGGCCAAUCUCCGGUGACUGGACUCCCUUAGACUUUAACCGAACUCUGAGCCUUCUGAUGAGUCAAUAUGGUCACUUCCCAUUCUUCAGAGCCUAUUUGCGACCUCUUCCCGCCCCUCCGUACACGCCAGUCAUCCAGAUAGACCAGCCAGAGUUUGACGUUCCCCUCAAGCAAAAGCAGGAAAUGAACUAUGCCCAGAUCCUGCGGGAAUACCUGACUUACCUGAAUCGCCUGGGAACCUUGCUGGGAGGAGACCCAAACAAGGUGGGAGAACACGCCUCCUUUUCCAUCUCCAUUAACUCACAGCUGUACCAGUUUCUGAGGCCCCUGGAGCAGCAACAGGCACAGGGAAAGCUCUUCCAGAUAGUCACGAUUGACCAACUGCAGGAAAUGGCCCCUGCCAUCGAUUGGUUGUCCUGCUUGCAAGCGACAUUCGCACCAAUGUCCCUGAGCCCCUCUCAUCCCGUCGCAGUCCAUGACCUGGAGUAUUUGAAAAACAUGUCGCAACUGGUUGAAAAGCAGCUGUCGAAGCACAGGGACUUUCUGCAGAGCCACAUGAUCUUGGGUCUGGUGGGGACCCUUUCUCCAGCCCUGGACAGUAAAUUCCAAGAGGCACGUAGAUUGCUGAGCCAGAAACUGGGGGAGCUGACAGGACGACCACCCACGCCCUCCCACCCUCGCUGGAUGACGUGUGUUGAGAAGACAGAAGCCUUCUUCAAGCCUACGCUGGCAGCCUUGUUUGUCCGUGAGGCCUUUGGCCCCAGCACCCGAAGUGCCGCCAUGGAAUUAUUCACUGCAAUCAAGGAUGCCCUCAUCGCUCGCUUCCAGGUGCUUCCUUGGAUGGAUGAAGAGACCCGGGCAAAGGCCCAGGACAAGGUCACCCAGCUGCAGGUGAAGAUGGGGGCCCCGGAAUGGGCCUUGAAGCCAGACCCAGCCAGACAAGAAUACAACGAUAUACAACUUGGACCCAGCUUCCUGCAGUCCUUCCUGAGCUGUGUCCGAUCCCGCCGAGCUAGAAUCAUUCGGAGUUUCCUGCAGCCUUUCCCCAACCACAGGUGGCAGGUGCUCCCAUGGGGCGUAAAUGCCUACUAUUCAAUACCUGACCAUGUGGUGGUCUUCCCAGCCGGACUCCUCCAACCCCCAUUUUUCCACCCUGGCUACCCCAGGGCUGUGAACUUUGGCGCCGCCGGCAGCGUUAUGGCCCAUGAGCUGUUGCACAUCUUCUACCAGCUCUUAUUCCCUGGGGGCUGCCCAGCCUGUGACACCCAUGCCCUACAGGGGGCGCUAGUGUGCCUGGAGCGCCACUAUGCUGCCUUUCCAUUACCCAACGGGACCUUCUUCAAUGGCUCCCGCACAUUCCUGGAGGAUGCUGCAGACACGGGGGGACUGGCCAUCGCACUGCAGGCAUACAACAAGAGGCUAUUAUGGUACCGUGGGGAGACCACCCUGCCCAACCUGAACCUCAGCCCCUGGCAACUCUUCUUCCGAAGCUAUGCCCAGGUGAUGUGUAGGGACCCCAGCACCCAGGAUCCUCAGGACACUCACAGCCCUCCUACCCUUCGAAUCCACGGGCCCCUAAGCAACAGCCCAGCCUUCGCCAGACACUUUCACUGUCCCCAUGGCACCCUCAUGAACCCCUCCAGCCGCUGCCAACUCUGGUAA